GUCAAACCAUAGCCUCGCACUUGUGAGAGUCGCAGAGUUAGGCUCUGGUUGUUAGACGGUCAGUGGUUAAAAGUUCAUCAUUUCCUAAAAUUACUUAGUGUUGAGUUGAUAGAAAGGUGGUCACUGCUAUGCUGUCCACCCUGAGGAAGCUCUUCUGCUUUAAGAAGGAGCCGAAAACCCCCUUGGGGUUUUGUGACGGCCCAAGCAGGGGAACGGGAUACUUGUCCUGCUUUCACUGUGGAACUGAAGACAGGUACCGCCAGCCUUAUGACCCUGAAAACCAAUUUCAUGAGGCAGUAUGCAUGGGAAAGCGCAAAGUGAUGGUGCGUCUCCUCAGGAAGAACCAAUUUCAUGUGAAUGAUGAGGAUGAAGGGAAACGAACUGCGCUCCACUUUGCAUGCUUCUAUGGCCAUAUCAAUCUGGUUCGUUUUCUGUUAAGAUUUAAGGCCUGUGAGAUUAAUGCCCUUGACAAUCAAAUGUCCACACCACUAAUGAAGGCUGUACAAAGCUGGGAGACAGAGAUCGUGUCUGUCCUACUUGAUCGUGGAGCAGAUCCCAAUAUUAAAGAUUGCAAUGGAGAAGCAGCAAUUCACCAUGCAGUGUAUGUAGACAGGCCAGAUAUUGCCAGCAGUCUUCUUGAAUUUGGGGGAAACAUUGAAGAUACUACAAAGGAUGGGUUGACCCCUCUGCUGCUAGCACUCCGAGAAAGGAAACCCCGCAUGGCAGCAUACCUAAUCACACACGGUGCGAAUCUUCACGUAUCUGAUCAAUAUCUAAGAACAACACUCAUGUAUGCUGUUAGAUGGGAUUGUGAAAAUAUGGUUGAAAUUUUACUGAAGAAAGGUGUUGAUCACCAGUUAAAGGACACAUUUGGAUGGAGUGCUCUUUAUUAUGCCAUUAUGGGGAAACGCAAAACAAAAAUGGUGAUUAUUCAGCACGACUUAUUCCUCUGGAGACAACAAAAUACCUUCACACGAAAUCAGCCUGAAGAUGUCUUUUUAUCGGGACAUCACUUUGAAUCUGAGUCACUGAUUUCCGUGUGUGCAACAAUGGAGGACACAGCUAAUUUGAAAACUCAGCAAGAUAUUCCUGAGAAUAGUCUGAAAAGUGGUGUGGAUGACUUACCAAUAGCUUCCAAACAAUAUGAAAAUGUAGAAGAACAAGAAGAAGAACUAGAAUUAGAAACAAUACCGGAUUUAAAACUGGAAAAUGAAAAUGCUUAUAAUAAGAAUGAAGACUAUCAAAAGUUGAAAGCUGCCCAGUCAUCCAACAUAGGAAAUGGUCUAGAAGAAAAUGAAAUAAUUCAAGUUUGGGCUGAAAAAUGUCCACAUCCAGAGCUGAGGGAUGAUUGUCAUCUAGUCUCCAGAUCCAAGCCUGAAACACAGCAGUCUCAAACAGUUUGGGCUGAAAAAUGUCCACACCCAGAGCAGAGGGAUUAUUCUCAUCGAAUUUCCAAACCCAAGUCUGAAACACAGCAAUCUCAAGCAGUGUGGGCUGAAAAAUGUCCUCACUCAGAGCUGAGGGAUUAUUCACGUCCAAUCUCCAAACCUGAGUCUCUACCACACCAAUCUCAACCAGAUAUAAUAUUUUCAGAAGAACUAGAAGAAGAAAUAACAGAAUUUAAAGUGGAAAAUGAGAGAAGUUUUGAUAAGACUGCAGAAAAUCAAGAAUUUAGUGUGUCUGACCCUAAUGGACCACAGGAAUCUUCUACAACAGGUCCCAACUCAUCCAAAAUGGACAAUGAUGCAGAAAAAAAUGUAAUAAUGCAUCAGGAGAUAACAUCUGUCAUGGAAGACCAAGAGCAUGCCUCAGAAGAGCAGAAGCAGCACAGUGCUAGAAAAACUAAGCGGCCAUUUAUUGAUGCUAUAAGAGCAUGCUUUUGUGCAUGUUUCACCAAAAAAUGGAGCUCUUCUUCCCACUACAAGAAAUAGAAGAGAAAACAUAAAAAAGUGAUGUUUAUAAAGCAGAAGAGAACACUGUGCAUUUAAAAUGAAUUAUUCUCAUCCUAGAACUUGGACAAGCCUCGACAAUUGCCUGACAACUUCUCCGACCAUCCACAAUAAGACAACUCAGGAGAAAAUCUGUCUCUUCUCCAAUAAUUGCUUCAAAAAAAAGCAUAUUUUUAUUUUAUGUUUUAGAAUAAUAUUACAUAAUCUUCAGUGUUAUUUUCACCUAUUUAUUUUGUUUUAUUAUGUUAUACUACAUUACACUAUUAUAUUAUCUUCAGUUUUUAUUUCCAUAUGUUUAUCUUGUUUUAUUAGAUUAUGUUAUAUUAUGUUAAUAUGCUAUGCUAUCUUCAGUGUUUAUUUUAUAUUUACCUUCCUUCCCUUGAUGUAAAUAGUUCAUGUAUAUGUGUAUAUAUGUAUAUAUGUAUAUAUGUUUAUAUGUAUAUAUGUUUAUGUGCUUUGUAAUAUAUUUUUAGAAGAUAUCAUUUUUGAAUGUACAAAGUUAUUGAAUAAUUAAUAAUUAAUAAUAAUUAAAUAAUAAUUUAAUUACCCAUUCAAA